ACAGCAUGAGGUGGGAAAGACAGGUUCGGAAUUUCACAAACCUUGAAUCCAAGUGACAGAUUUGUUAGUAACUCAAGAAUCUGGCGACCUAAUAAUUAAUGGGCUCCAGAGCCCAGACUAGCAGUACCAUAUGGUAGAUUCCCCUAAAGCAUAGGGAUCAAACUGGAACUUAUCUAUCAGUUUCGUCUCGUUUCAAAUCGCCGAACGACUGAACACACAAAGCGCAUUUUUGGUUGUCUAUUGAUUUUUUUUUUCCUCCAUUGCCGUAGUCCGCUCCUUCUGUUGUGUACUAUGUUGCCCUGGAAGUCUGCAUCUUCGUCCCCACCCUUUCUGUCCUUGUGAUCGAGUCUCCAGUCCUCCCUUGUUCUUUCAGUUGGUUCCCUUAAGAAUCCAAUACACCUUUGGUUUCUUCUCCCACAGCCUUUUGUCUUGCUCUGCCAGGAUCACUAUAUAGUCUCUGGAUGCUCCUUCUUCUUCUUCUUCUACAUCAAUGGACCGUAAGCAAAAAGUUCGAGGAUUUUCCUGUUCGAUUCACCAGAUUGGGAAUCUGGGACUCCGGCUGUUGUGGAGUAUGGUACACCUACUUAUCAGCAUAGGUUACUUUGUAGCUGCAGCUGCUAAAGCUGUUGAAAGCCGUAUAAUCUCCAGCGGGCUGCUCACUCGUUACAAAGAGCUUAACAUCAGCAAGCUUAAGUACUUGGCGGUUGUGAUAGAGAGUGAUGAUGCUGUUCAAACUUCCAAGAUUGUUCAGCUCUUGAGGUGGCUGGAAGCUAUGGGGGUGAAAAGAAUGUGCCUGUACGAUGCACAAGGAGUUCUUAAGAAAUCGAAAGAUUCGAUAGUGAAGAUGUUGGAUAAUGCAGUUCUCUUGGAGGAACUUGGUGAGAAAGAUUUGAUGGAAAAGCCGAAAUGUAUGGCUCUUGAAUUUGCUUCGGUGUCUGAUGGAAAGGAAGGGGUGGUCAAGGCUGCGAACUUGCUCUUUGCCGAGUAUAAGGAACUUGGAAACCGUGAUGAGCAGUUUUUUACUGAAGCUAAAAUCGGGGAGGCUUUAAGAGCUGUAGGUUGCAAGGGGCCAGAACCUGACCUACUAUUGGUUUAUGCACCGGUGAGAUGCCAUCUUGGUUUCCCUGCUUGGAGAACUAGAUACACAGAGAUAGUCCAUAUGGGAUCAUUGAAGUCAAUGAGCCUUGGCUCCUUAACAAAAGCAAUUUACAAGUUCACCAGGGUGCGCCAAAACUACGGGAAAUGAGCGACUGAUGCAAAUGGGGGAAUGGACAUUUGCAGCAAAAGACCGAGUCAUGGAUGGUCUGGAAUUGCAGCAAACAACUUGGGUUUUCGAUACACGUGUUUAUUGGUUAACCAGCUCUCAUAAAUCAGGAUUCGGCUGUACCUAUCAUCUUUGUGUUGUAAUUUAGGAAAAGAUGAGAAGCCUCUUUGCACCCCAUGGUGCUAUUAUU